UCCGGAACGAAAGUGAUGCGGAAGUUGAGUGAGUCUCGGUCAGAUAUUGCUGCUGCACUUGGUCAAGGCCGUUCUGUUAGUGUUUCCAGACGCCCAGGGAACGCGGCUGCGGGGGCGGAUCUUCGGUUUGCACAGCUAGAGGCCGCGCAGCUGCAAAGGAUGAGCGGAACCUUGGAAAAGGUGCUGUGCCUGAGGAACAAUACCAUUUUAAAGCAAGCCUUUUCUCUCUUAAGGUUUAGAACUUCAGGAGAGAAGCCCAUCUAUUCUGUAGGUGGCAUUCUGCUAAGUAGUAGUCGGCCCUACAAGACAAAACCCACCCAUGGCAUUGGAAAGUACAAGCACCUAAUUAAAGCAGAAGAGCCCAAGAAGAAGAGGGGAAAAGUGGAAGUGAGACCCAUUAAUUUGGGGACAGAUUAUGAAUAUGGGAUUUUAAACAUUCAUCUGACUGCAUAUGACAUGGCCCAGGCAGAAAGUUAUGCCCAGUAUGUUCACAACCUCUGCAACUCUCUCUCCAUUAAAGUCGAAGAAAGUUAUGCGAUACCAACCAAAACCUUAGAAGUGUUGCAGUUGCAGGACCAAGGCAGCAAAAUGUUCCUGGACUCAGUGCUUACCAUCCAUGAGCGAGUGGUUCAGAUCAGCGGUUUGAGUGCUACAUUUGCAGAGAUUUUCUUGGAAAUAAUCCAAAGCAAUCUUCCUGAAGGAGUCAGAUUGUUAGUGAAGGAGCACACUGAAGAAGACUUCAAGGGAAGAUUCAAAGCUCGACCAGAACUGGAAGAACUAUUGGCUAAGUUGAACUAGCUACUGUAGAUCCUUUCAUGCCAGCACUGGUCAUACUGAGGGCCAAGGAGAAGAGCUUACUGGGUGCUCAGAGUUCAUCAGGAGACCUGACCUUUAGAUUUCAUAAGUACCCAUUCCCAUAGCCAGUAAUGCCUGCAUUCCUCUGUGGCAUGGCUGUACUUGCCAUUUGUUACCACUUACCUAUGAGCUAACCCUUUUUAUCCUCCAUCUAAUAAAAAUCUGCUACUGAUAUGUA